UAAUAUGAUGCUUAAGCAUGUUUAUUGUUUACAUUUUGGAUCUCGAAGUACUAGCUUCUAGAUUUACCUAGUUUUAAAAUAGGGUAAAUUUAAUACUAAACUUCGUUGAUAAUACUAAAUUUGGUAUUAAAAUCACAGAAUACAUAAUAGUACUAAUACUUCACCGAUAUGAAUCCUAUGACAAACGUGAAGAAUGUUUUAAAACUAAGUGAACGUGAACUAGGAAGUAACUCAAAAAGUUCCUGGCACGAUCAAUAUAAACAUAGUGCCUGGAUAUUCAUUGGGGGGCUACCCUACGAUUUAACUGAAGGAGAUGUAAUUUGCAUAUUUUCUCAGUAUGGUGAAAUAGUAAACAUUAAUCUGGUAAGAGAUAAGGCAACUGGAAAAUCAAGAGGAUUUGCAUUUAUUUGUUACGAAGAUCAAAGAUCUACCAUACUUGCUGUUGAUAAUUUAAAUGGAAUCAAGAUUUUGGGUAGAACAAUUCGUGUGGAUCAUUGUGAACAGUACAAAGCACCCAAUGCAGAAAUAAGCAAGCUGGAUGAUGUCACAGCUGCAUUGAGAAUGGAAGGAUGUGCACCUGUUGUACAACCUGUACAUGAGGUACAGGUUAAGAAGGAAACUGAGAAGAAAGAAAAGACAAAGAAGAACAAAGAAAAGAAAAGUAAGAAGAAGAAGAAAAAGAAGAGAAGUAGAAGUUCAGAUUCUUCGAGUUCAAGCAAUUGAAUUUAACUUUUAAUGGAAAGAAAAUAAUUAAUUUUUGACACACGUAUACCUAAUACAUUUUCUAUUUUUA